GUUUGCCUGGGUCCUGCUUGGAGCAGACGAAGUUGAGCAGGGCUAAACGUAGCUUGAUGAAUAUCAUUAUUGUCUAAUUAAACUUGAACACCACAUGGAUUAUCUGUAUAGGUUUCGGUAUUAGUACUUUUGCUCUCACAAAGUAUCUGAAUGCCUAUUCCGUUCGGUUAUUGAAUUGUUGGAGAUGCUAGAUUGUUAGAUUUUUUUUUACUACAUAAUAAAUAAUGCUCGUCAAUCUUUUUUGUUAACUAAGUUAAAUAGACUAAAGUAAAAGUUAAACAGUAGCAAAGCCAGGGUUUAUCUUAGCACCGGUAAACGACACGGAGUCACGACCAAAUGAAGCGCGCCUAUUGUUGGCCGACCAAAAUUUGCACAAGGUUAAAAAUAGUAAAGCUGUUCAUCCGAAUAUUAACACGAUUAUGCGAUUUAUUUUACAUUUGUAUAUACGUGUCGUGCGAUAACUAAACAUCGACUUGUAUUUCUUAUUUGUUAACAUCAAUAAAACACUGAUGUAAUGGCGUCUCUUUAAUAUUAGCGAGGAAACACAAACUCCGUGUUAGUUCAUAUCCUCACGAACUGUAAAGUAAGUACUCGAAGGUAGCUAGGUAGGCUAAUGUUUAGCUUUAGUCACAGGAGGUGCGCACUUUUCCGCAACAGUUCCGAUGGCUGUACGCUGGCUAUGCAGUUGUUUUAAAGGGCAGCGGAGGAAGGAAUCUGGUGGUAGAGGCUGUGGGAGGGGCGACAGCAGCCCGACCGCAGUCAGUCAGUCACAGUCAGUCGCUGGAUACUGAAGCUGACCGCAGGAGAAUCGAGAUCUUCCGGAUUUCGGCUUUAUCCCUUUGGAUGCCUCUUUCCUGCACGAGCCGCCCAGCAUUUGGCUGAUGGAAACAGACAUCCGUGAAAAUGUGCGCGAAUGUGUUCGGGGUUUUGAAAAGCCUGUUUGGGAAGCCCUUUGAUGGCGGGAAGCGGAUGGACCAUGGUGGUCCACAGCAGCAGCAACAACAUCCGAUGGAGCAGCAGCAGCCAGCAUAUCAUCCGCAGCACCCUGCCAUGAUGCGGCUGUACGAGAUACAGAAGGAGGUGGCGUCUCUGGGGCCGCAGGUGUGCACCUUCAGCGGCCUUCAGAACGAUCGGGACUACAAGCGUCUGGAGCGAGAGCUGACCCGCCUGCUGCUGGAUGUGGACCAGGUGGACACAGAGGGCAAGCCAGAGCUGCAGGGGGCGCGAAAAAGGGCGGCUCAGGAGGUGGAGGGACUCCUGCGCUAUCUAGAAGAGAACGCCACCCAUCCUUCCCGGCUGGCCAUCGAACAGCUAAGCUACGAGGCGCGGCAGCUGGUGGACGAGCGCGUCGUGGCUCCGCAGCGAGCAGGCGGGGUGACAGAGAUCAACGACGAGUUGGUGGACGCUCUGCAGGAGCUUGUGCUGAGGCUCACUCAGGUCAAGACCGAAGGGAGGGUGCCGCUCCGCAAAGCACGCUACCGGGCGCUAACGCGCCUCUGCGCUGUACAGGAUGUGAUCGAAGGGCGCACGCAGCAGCAGACCCUCUCCCUGCCGUUGUCGGGAGACACCCACGAGGCCGUGAACUGCAUCAACCAGGUGAUGGUAAAGGUGAGCGUGGCCCGCAGCCAGCUGGUGGCGCUGCUGAUGGGUCUGAGCGGGAGGGACAGCUGUGCCCACCUGUCACGCAUCCUGACUGAGAUGCAGGUGGAGCUGGACGCUCUGGAUGUUUCGGGGAACGCAGUGAUCAGAAAUUACAGGAAACAGGUGGUGGAGGAGAUAAACGGGCUGCUGAAACAUCUGGACCUGGAGGGGGAAGGAGACGACACACGCAGGUAUGACUUGGCGCAGAACAACUCCAUCCGAGAGAUCGAGGGCGUGCGGGCUCACAUCUCGCACCUGCGAGAGGGCGUCCUACGACACUGUGCGAUGGGUGACCUCAGCUUCAGACCCAAAGCCGAGCUGCAGGGUCUUCUCACCCAACUGGACCAGGUGGACACGGCGAAGAACCCGUGCAUAAGAGAAGCCCGUCGCCGUGCUGUGGUGGAAGUCCAGGCGGUCAUCACGUUCCUGGACCUAUGCGAGGCUCUAGCUCGCCGCCAGCCGGGCCCCAAUGAGCACCCAUCACAUCGAGCUGUGUGGCAAGUCCUGGGGAGCCUGUCAGAACUCCAGGCUCAGGUCCUGGGCUUCGACGGCAAGCGGGUUGACAAGAGCUACAUGAUCUUGGAGGAGCUGCUUACCAAACAGCUGCUGGCGCUGGACGCCGUUGACCCACAAGGCGAUGAUACAACCAAGGUGGCACGCAAGCAGGCGGUGAAGUUUGCCCAGAACAUUCUCAACUACCUGGACAUGAAGACAGACGAGUGGGAGUAUUAAUUAAGUCCAAAACACGAUGGGACGCUGCAGGAACGAAAGGAGCUGAUAAUGUGUGUAAAAUAAAAAAUAAAAAAACAUAAAAAAAUAAGGAAAGAAACUGGUACAUUAUCAUUCCACGGGCUGUAAAUAUGAAUUCAGAUCCCUAGAAUGCACUGCAGCAGCGCUUUUUCUUUCAUCACUUCGUGGUUGUCAUGGCCGACCCUGCAGAUAAACACAGAACUACUUUUGUGAAACACUUUGAAAAUUCUCUUUGUGCUAUUUGGAGAUAUCUUUUAAAAUCUCCCAUGUAUGUGUGUACCUGUGUGUGCGUGUGAGUGUAUGCGCGCAAAUUGUUAUUUGUUGUCUUUGCAUUUGGCGUGUGGCUGUCGAAGCCAAAGCACUAAAUAAUGCCUGUAUAAGUGGUCACAUCCUCUAGACUGCACUUGAUGUUGAUAAAUUAUCCCAGUGUGAUGGAUUGCUUAGCAGUGGUUUCCCCCGUCUGGCCUGAUUAAUCAGAGUGUCAGUUGCUAAUGGAGACAGCCGAUGCACGUGUUGAAUACCGUGACCUAAUUAGGAAAAGUCGUCUAUGGCUACCCUAAGAGCUGGGCUUGGUCCAGAGUGUGAUACCUGCUGAUUUGGGGUGAGAAAAAUUGGUCGAUUCCUUUUUUUUGUUUGUUUGUUUCACUCAGAAAUUGUAAUCACGAAAAGUGAAAAGCAGUGUCUAUUUAAUCUGCUGUGAUGUGCUUUUGAAGGUGAAACGUGACAAAUGUUCACAAGCCAGGGAGUGUGUGUUUAAACAGAUGUAAUUAGAGAGGGAACGGUGAGAGUUUACACCGCCCAUGUUAAGUGACUCUCCACCCCUGUGUGACCUCGUUGACCCCCCAGCAUGUGUUUCAAGUCUCUGGCAGCUCCCUGAAAACACAAACACAAAAUCGGGCGGCAAACAAAACGUCAGUGUUGAUGCAGUAUCCCCUCGGCUGUGAACGGGAUGUUUGAAGAGAUGAAAGUUACCCCUCCACCUCCUCGCCGCUUGCGUAGCUGUUCAUCUGUAACAUGUUUCACGUUUGCUCUGAUUCUGUAUGAUCGUUUCAGGCUAUUAAUGAAUCAGGUCUAAAUCCAGAGAUAGAGGGGCAGAGGAGAAAUUUUGUCACCGCUGCUGCUGUUUGAGUUGUUUUCUGUUUGUUUGUUUCUACCUACUGCUUUCUCCGGAUGGAGGAGAGACUGUGAGAGAUCCCUGGGGAGAGGAAGAGGAAAGGGAGGAUGGCGAGGCAAAGAUAUCCACUGGAUUGACACAUCAAGGCUGAAGCGCACAGGGCCGACAGUCGGGUACUGUUAGGUAGAGGAUUGACGGUGAUGGCAGUCGACAGAGCCUUCUAGAAACUUCUCUAAGCUGCUUCUGCUGCAGACAGUAGGAGGGAGGGAAAGGACUAGUACAGAAGUCUGUGUGCCUUGAUUUUGACCCUUCCUUAUGACCCGGUUUAUGUAAAAGCAGCCUUGUAGUGCAGCAGCUGAUUAAAGAGCAAGCUCUUUUUUCUUUCUUUUUUUUAAUAUAGAAAUGCACAAUGAGGAAACUAAAGCUCCGAAUGUGUUUAUGGAGAGCACCUUGGUCAUUAUAACCAUCGGAAAUAUGCACUAGUUGUCAGAAACGCUUUUUAAGCAUUCAGCAUGUAUUCCUGAAAAUGCUCCGGUCAGUCAUUUGUAGUAACACAGCGAUGACGCUCCUUUUCACCAGGCAAAGCGACAUGAGUCAUGAUUUCACGCUGCAAAACAGCCACGCUUCUGGAGCAGCUCUCGUGCUCUGACAGCACUUAGGCGACAUUAGCAGGAAAAUCAACAGAGAAAACCAGAACGACCGGUCCCACCUUCCCUCUUAACCCCCUCAAAAAAAUCAGCUGACGAGGAGACGAUGGUGAAGGUGUUCCUGAGCGGGAGGAAAAGGCAGCUAAUGAAAGAAUCGCUCCUCAGCUCGUAGCAAGCGUUUUUAGGCAUACUUUGUGAUCUUUGACAGCAGAAAUCCCCAACUUGCUUGCUGCUACUUCGCUAUUUCUCUUCACAGUGUGUGUGUGUGCGCAUCAGUCAGUGUAAAAUUCUGAUAAUUUAGGUGGUCCUCUGCCUUACGGUGACACCUGAGGUGGAAGAUGCGUCUGCCAGCUCAUUAAAAAUACCUCAGCAGACAGCAGAGAAAGAGGCAGUCUUUUCAGAGUUUAUCUGAUUGGUGGUUGAAUAAGACUAAAGCUGUCUCCAGAAUUUCUUGGCUCACACGACUUCUCGUCAACUGAGAGUCUCUGAUCUCUGUGUGAUUGUGUUUGAACACACACACACACACACACACACUAAAAGGUCAAAUGUUUCCCCUGCAACAAGUUGCUCACAGUGAUUAAAGUUAAAGUCUUUAGGGCGUUGUUGUUCAUCCCAGCUGCAGAGAAUGUGGUCCAGCAUGUUUCAGUGAAGCUUCACCAGCCCUACUAACUCUUUGAAGCUGCUACUGGAAGCAGUUUUCUGGCACAAAGCCUGCAGCUUGGCCUCCUGGGUAGUGAGCUGACUCAUGCGGGGGGAAAUUAGAUUAAACAGUGUUCAUUAAACGUAGCCAGUCUGCCUGGCCGUUGUUGCAACAGAUGCUUUCUCACGGCGAACCUUAUGCUCUCUCAGACCAAACCGACCCAGACACACCUUAUGCUCACGUUUUUUGUAGGCAGUAACAUGCAGAUGUAUGUUCCUGGCAGGACACUGCAUCAGUGUAUUAUACACGUUUCUUUGAAUAGUUUAUCCAAAGUUUUACGCUAUAAACAGAAGUAUUUAAAUCGUUCCUGUCUCAUUGUCUCAGAGUGUUUGGAAGCCAUACACAUUUAUAUAGUGGUCCUGAAGUGCAGGAUUCUGUUGCGAUGGAUGUUGUUCCCCGGUUGCAAAUAUCGCUCUCACACUUCUAAAACUGCUUUUUUUGUAUAUGUACAAUGGGUCUGCUAGGUUUAGGUAUUACAAAUUGAUUAUUGUGAAAUUAGUUGUCGCAUUAAAGUCGAGGUGCCUGCGCCGCAGCGUUUUUGUUUACACGAACAUUUUUUUAAGGAGAAAAUCCAUUUUAUAGGUUUAAAAGAUGGCAGAGGAACCAAAAAUGUACAAGGGUUCACGUGUUUUAGGCUAUCGUGAUGUUGCAUGAGUGUGAAUGUUUCGUUAAAGUGACAUGGCAGGGCUUUAAAGGAUAAAGCUGGAGAGAUUUUAUUGAAAUUUUUUCUUGAUUUUCAACAAAACUAAUAAUGUUGUGCAUCUUGGUGCCCCUCAGCUCCGCUCCAAUUGGUUCAUACACAGAUACAUUUAACGAGGCUCAUUAAAUGUGUCUAAUUUCCUCAAAAACACACGGGCAUUGUAGUUUUUUACCAAACAAGUAGAAGGUUCAUGUGUGGGGACUAGUUUAUGCAGUGGAUGUUGUGGCUGUUCUUUGUUUUUUUCCAUCUAAGAGUGAAUGUGGGGAAAAUACAAAAUACACAGUGUAUUUGUCUGAGAUCAUGAAAGUUACUCUUUUACUGGGAUAGUUUAUAUUUUUUCUUUUUUUUUUUCAUAAGAUUUGUUGACAAAAACACAGAAUAUGAAGGAAUUCUUACUUUAAAACAGAGACAUAUUCUUGCCAGCACCAUAAAGCCUGUUUUGCUUUUGUGCAAAUACUUUGUCGACUAGGUUUCAUGAAUUGCUUGUUGGAUUGUUAAAAAGUGAUAUGGGUCAUGCUUUAGUUAUAAUUAGAAUGUAUUUAUGAGCAGAGGCAGAGCGUAGUUUGCUGUUAACAUGGUAUUUAUAUGCAAAAGCAUUUAAAUAUACAUAAAAGUUGUUGACCAACGCUUAAAAAUACAUUACAUGCUGCUGCUAGAAGCUAAAUAGUGCUACGCCGAUUAUUUGUGUGUCAUUCCUUUUGUCAUGUUUAACUGGGAAUCUUUCACAUGUCAGUAGUAUAUUUUCGGACACACUACUCUGCUUGUAGGAUGUCACUUCCUGAGAGCCAUGUUGUCAUGGUAACCCAACCUCAUCUGAGGUAAGCCGAGCACAAAUAAUUUUAUCCUUGGCAAACUGAAAACUUUUUAAAUUUAAACACUUAAAUUGAAGCGUUUUUGAUAUCAGGUCUCAGUCCAGCAGCGUCAUUGCCGCAUUGCAUAAUGGGACAUUUAUGCCCGGUGUGGAGUCCUGCGACGCAUCCUCUAAUAUUCCCUCAGAAACAUGCAACUAGUUUAUUUCGGUACAUUCGUUGGCUUACGGCACGCUAAAAAAUGACUUCAGUAUGUAAAUUUGGAUGCGAUUCUAAUCGUGCUUUUUGUAAGUUGUUUUUCGUUCCCAAGUUCGAAACAGAAAGUGACUUUUGACUUGUAAUUUGGAUGACCAGCUAGUUACAGACUUUUCUGUGUAAACCUUUACAAGAAGUUAAAGGUAUAAUGUCGAACGCCACUAUGAGCUCAUUUUAUAUUUUGAAAAUUGAAGUUUUGUACUGGAUCACUGCAAUGAUGCUACAGAAAUAAUGAAAUGUUACAAAUUCCACAUCACGUCUGUUGUACAUGUACAUGUAAUUCUAAGAAAAAUACCGGAUCAAAAUCAGAGAGGGAAGUGUGUAUCAAGAUAUUUUAAUUAAAACUAGUUCCUUUCUCCAUUACAUAGAUGUGGCUUAAAAACAAACUGUUCCUAGUCAGACAGAUUAUAUGUCAAAAUCUUGUUUCCAGUCUUUUCUAUUUUUACUUGACUAAAAUCUAAAUUACAAAGUAUUAUUUUUUGCACUUAAUAUAGAAACAGCACUUUUUUUUAAUGUUAUUAUUUGGGAUCUUUAGUUGAAUAUGAAAAAUAUGAAUGAGACAUGGACUGCUUGAAUUAAAUGAAUUUGAACCAGGGCCCAGGCUUUGGUUUUCUCCACACAGACGCUCUGUUAUGUUUCACCCCAACACACUGCUGGACUGCUAAAAGCAGCUCAGGGUCAUCCAGAGCAUCUGAACUUGGGAGUCCAUUAGACAGGGGUUUAAAAGAUUCAGCUCCAGUGGGUAUUCAGAGGCAGUCCCUUUACAGGACAGUGCAUUUACACCAAACAGCAAACGGGCUGACUUACUCACAGAUGCAAGUUUGCAAGGUUUGAAUUUCCUAAGGUGAAUGUAGUCAUGUUCUGUAUUUCAUAGUACUAAAGUUUAUUUUACUAAGGACAUAUCAAGUGGAAAUGGGUAAUGUUCAAUAAGAUGGGAGCACCAGCCAAAAAUGUUUUCAUUAUGUUACAGUUUUUAAGGUCAGCAGCCAUUUACACCAGCAAAAGUUUGAGACUUAAGGCAACUACAUUUCACAAAAACCUGUAACCAAACAUACUGAUUUAUUUUUCUGAUCAUUACAAGUCAAUAAUCGAUCAUUUUAACUUGAUGCCACAAAAGCACACCAGCUAAAAUCAGUGUUUACGCUUUCAGAUUAAAGAAAUGAGAAGGGAUGGGUAACCUUUAAUCCAGUAAUGUGACGGUGUUCUGUCAUUCUGACGUAGGUCACUAUUAUAUUAAUGUGCUCCCAGUGGCAGAGACACCUUCCUCCCCAGUGUGUAGAGAUACUGCUGCGGUGUUGGGAGUGCAUCUCCUUCUGCAGUGCCAUUUGAGUGGCCCAUUCCUGCCAUUCUCCUUUGCCUCUUUAAACCUUGUGCUUGCAUUCCUCCUGGUCCUGCGUGUAGGCAGCCUGUGCUUUUUCAUGUUGACCAAAAGCCUGUGCAAGUCAUCAGUGUGCUGAUGCCUCUGUUUAGUUUAGUUUUUUCCCUUAAUUUCAGUGGUUGUAAUCAUGUGAGUGCCCAUCUGUAGAUUACACUGAGAUUAAAGGGGAGGAUGUGCUUAUCUGAAAUGGGCUUUAGCGACUUUUAUAGGUGCUGGUUGGAGGUUAUACCUUUGGACGGAACCUGUAAAUUAUUAGGCUCUAAUUUAAAAUACUGACAGAGCCGACUCUUUAGAUAAAAAUCGGGUAAAUGUGUAUUGAAUAACCACAACAGUAGUCCUCCACCAAGGCUCAUGUCCCAUCCACAUCAAAAUUUAACAGGUUCUUCCUUUACACAUUCCUCUCCAUCACGUCUCCUGACCUUCGCCUUCUACUCUACUAAAAGCAUGACUGAAAAAAAAAAAAAACCAGAGAAAUAAUUUUAGCUGUUGAGCAGAACAGUUAAUACAGUUUGACAUUUUGAUGGUAAACAUGAAGCUUCACAAGCAGCAGUACAUAGCAGGCUGAUGAAUCUUUGGCUGAUCGUUUAAGUGAAAUGUGAAAAUGACAGAAUCCCACCAAAAGUAAAAACAAGGUUCCUUCCUGAGCUUUUGCAAAACUUAUAUUUAAAGACAGUUAUUAUUAAAAGUUCAUCAGUCAUGUGUGUUCAUUAAUGCUUUGCCUUUCUUAUGACAGGAAUGUGUUUAAGUGGUGAAAAUGGGACUGCGUUUUGUUUUUUCCAAAUGUGUGUCUCAUGAAGUCGCCUUUAACUGAAUUGAUUGUGACAGGCUUUUGAUGUCUCUCCUCCAAAAUGCGCUUGUACAAAAAGCACACUGACUGGAAAAAAAACAACAAAAAAACCCAUUGUGUGAAUGCUCCAUGGAUGGUUGUGUCCCAAGUUUGUAUUCCCACUGCAAAAUAAAGACAGUGUGUCUUG